AUGCGCUUCACUUUUGCACUUUCCCUCAUUCUCCUACUCGCAACUCAGAGUAGCGCAUGGGGCUUCUGGCCAUUCAGCUCGGACGAGGACUCAUUCCAUCCUGUUUCCCAUGGCGGAAUAUUCGGCUGGCUGUCAAACAUAUGGGAUGAGUUUGAAAAUAUUUUCAAGCCAUUUCGAAGUUCUGGCGUUAUCGUCAAUACUGGUGACGGAGUCACGAAUGUUUCGGCUGUGAUCGGCGGCAAACGGUACAAUGCCACGUUCCCAGGAGUGGAUUCAAUUUCUUCCUCAUCGCGUAUCGUGAAUAUUGACGGAAACUCUACGGAAGUGUUCAACAUCACAGUCAACGGUACUACUUAUUAUACUUAUGAGACUGUUGACGGCAAAACAACCUUUUCCAAAAAUGGACAAGAAGACAGCAAUGAUCCAUUUCAUGUCAUUUCACAUGAAGCCACAUCAUCAAAUCCUCUGACCGAUUCCAUCGGUGUAUAA